AUGAGUUCUUCAUCAAGCUCUCGCGAACCUUCACCAUCUAUGAAACAAACUUUACCAAACGAUUAUGGAGCACCUAUUGAAUAUUUCUUACGAGCUGCACAAUGGCAAAGAGCAGUCUCACCAAGGUUAGGUGUUCCACCAGCUCCUGUCAAAAAUAGCAUUUGGUCAAGUCCUUAUAUAAGAUAUGGUCUCCCACUAGGUUUGCUAGCUACAGCAGGAGCAAUUAUGAUGUUGAAAAGAAACAAAGCAAAUGUUGUAAAUAAUACUGAAGUAGCUGAAGUUAAACAAACUCCAACAUCUUCGCCAAAACCAACGUCAAAACCAACGCCUUCACAAGCAAAACCUUCAAUGACUCCUGAACCUAUGGAAGUACAAACUCCUGUUCAAAAGUCAACUCCUAAACCGACUCCAACAUUUAAACCAGAACCUACUCCUCAAAUAAAUCGUAAAACUCCUGCGUUUCCUUACUGA